AUGUGGUUCUUGUCCAAAUAUGAGAUGGCGGGCGCACUGUUGGGCCGGUCUGCCAACAAUUGGUGGCAAAAACAACAUUGGCAGGACCAACAGCGGUACCGGAAGUGGACGUACGGAGGGGGGGCGGUGGUCGUGGUGGCCGCGACUACGUUCGCGCUGGCGCACACCGAAGAGGACCCGAUAACUGGUCGCCGGAAGCUGAUUCUGUUCGACCGGAAGUUGUUGAGAGAGUUGGCCGAAAAGCAGACGUCGUUGAUACUGGACAGAUACCGGUUCCAUCUGAUGUCACCGUCGGACCCGACGUACAAAGCCGUGUCGGAAGUGAUGGCGAAAAUAUUGCGGGCCAACCAGCACCUGGCCCGGGUCAAGAACCAAGAGUGGAGUCUGGUCAUACUCAACGACCCGUCGGUCAACGCGUACAUGUUCCCCAACGGCACUAUGUUCGUACACACCGGCGUGAUACGCGAGGCCAGAAACCUGGACCAAUUGGCCAUCAUCAUCGGCCACGAAAUCGCCCAUUGCGUCCAGGAACACGCACUCGACCAGAUCAGCCGCCGGUUUUUCGUCGAAUUCCUGUGCGUGUUGAUCAUAACGGCGCUGAACGCGCGCCUGUCGCUGAAGCCAGCCGUGGUCGCCACCGCCCUCGCCGCGGCCGUCAAGCACUUCGUCGUACUGCUGCCGAACAGCAGGCAAAUGGAGUUCGAAGCCGACAAGGUCGGCAUGAUGUUGUCGGCCCGGGCGUGCGUCGACGUCCGCGAAGGCGUCGCUUUCUGGUCGCUGAUGGAGGCCGGCGAAUCCAACGUCGAACGCAACCUCUUGUGGUGGCUGAGGACGCACCCGACUGCGCGGUCCAGGAAAAUACGGCUGGAUAAAUUGUUGUCGGAAGCCAACCAAGUCCGUCGGAGCGUCGACUGUCCCAAAUUACCGGCCGUCAAAACAAAACGAUGA